CAAGCAGCGUUCACAGCCACAACAACGACAAUAACGGCGACACAACAGCACGAACAUACAACAGCCCACCAUCACACCAGCACAGCAGCAGCAGCAACAACAACAACAACAUAAAACUGCGGAGCAGGUCUGCAAAUAGCGUGCAAUUUAACAAAAUUAUUGAAACUGUUGAAAGUAAUAAAGCUGAUAUUAUUUCAUUAAAAAACGUUAUUAAAACUGCUAAUGUUAAUAAACCAGAAGUAAAUACAUUGAAAAAUAAAUUAAAUUCUAAUGUUGUAAGUGACUACAGUACUGAAGUGACAAACAAGGAGGGACAAAAGAAAAAUGUCAGUAGUUCUCUGUGGUCAGACAUAGCAAAGUCAGAAGACAAUUGUGAGAAACAAAACAACUCAGGAGAAACCAGCAACAACCCAACAAACAACAAACAAACUGGAAAAAAGACAGCUAUGAAAAUAAUCGGUAAAAAAGUUUCAAAUGAUUGCAAACUGAAGGCAGAUAAAAUCUUAAUGAAAAAAUCUGUGUUCUGUUUAAGCAACGUCAGCAAGUGCCCCAGAAAUGAUGUGAUGGCCUACCUAACCGACAAUGGUAUCCAUGUUGUUUCCUGUUAUCCCGUACUCAAACAAUUCAAUAAAAUGGCACCAGCUUCUACAGCCGACGUCAAUAACAAUAAUAAUAGUCAAACUGAGAAUAAAAAAACAGAUGAAGAAGAAUCCAGUACGUUUAGAGUUUGCAUCGAUAGCUCUGAUUCUAAGAAAAUGAAAGACCCUGACAUAAUGCCCCAGCACAUUAUAGUACGCGAGUGGCAAUUCAAUAAGAAACCAGAAACAAUUGUCGAUCAAACAAAAAAAGAUGGAUAA